CGAAAGUGUAGUGCUUGGGGCGCCGCGCGGAGAUUGGCUCACCUUCACCUGCUCGAGCCCCAGCCGACUCAGUGGGGAACCCCGACGAGCAGUAAGACAUGAACGGAAGAGUGGAUUAUUUGGUCACCGAGGAGGAAAUCAAUCUUACCAGAGGACCCUCGGGGCUGGGCUUCAACAUCGUCGGUGGGACAGAUCAGCAGUAUGUCUCCAACGACAGUGGCAUCUACGUCAGCCGCAUCAAAGAGAAUGGGGCUGCGGCCCUGGAUGGGCGGCUCCAGGAGGGUGAUAAGAUCCUCUCGGUAAAUGGCCAAGACCUAAAGAACUUGCUGCACCAGGAUGCUGUAGACCUCUUUCGUAACGCAGGCUAUGCUGUGUCCCUAAGAGUACAGCACAGGUUACAGGUGCAGAAUGGGCCUAUAGGACAUCGAAGUGAAGGGGAGCCGAGUGGUAUCCCCAUAGCUCUGGUGCUGGUGCCGGUGUUUGCCCUCACCAUGGUAGCAGCAUGGGCCUUCAUGAGAUACCGGCAACGACUUUGAAAACCUUGCUGUCUUCCAGUGCUCCCAAUAGAAGAUACAUUUCUCUCUCCCUCUCACCCUCCUCCCCUGCCAUUCUCCCAUAUCCUUCCCUCUCUGCGUAGCCAUCACUUCAUUUUAAGAGACUGCUACCUAGCCAGGACCUCGCCACCCAAAUCUCCAAGUCCUUAUAUUCUAAUGGGAGAGUGAAGGCAUUGUUUGAAGACGACUUGGCUUGGAACAAAUGGGGAGUUAAUCUGUUUUGCUAGGACCACCAAUAGAAGUUCAGCUACAACCCAAAGAGGGAAAGGUCCAGUCUUUCCAUCAGCACGGGUGAUACCUGUUCCUUAGCUGGCAUGCCUCAAAGGCCGGCUGUGUGCUGCAAGAGAAGAGAGGAUUUUUCUCCUUAAUGAUCUUCCUUGGGAAGUUUUUGUGGCCUUUAUUUAAUUUCUAACUACAUACUUGGGUGCCUAUAUCAAACACAGGAUGGUGAGGAGAGCAUUUUUGCUUUUUCAGAAAAGCAAAUGCACACACACACACACACACACACACACACAUCCAUAUAUGACAGUAUAAUAGUGAUGCCUCGUGGAGAAUUAAAGAAGUGGAAAGCGGCUCUGUGGUUUCAGGUUUCUGUUAUAAGGGAUGUUCUGAAUGGAAGAAUGCGAUACGUAGCAGAAGUUGAGGGACUGAGCCUUACAAAGAUGCCCAAAAAGAAAAAGAGAAGACCAAACCAACUGAUCAAAAAUCUUAGAACAAUAUUUCUUCUUACAAUAGCUGUGGUGGAGUGGACGUAAAAUGCCAUAAUCCAGCUUCACGUAAGUCAGUGUGUUCCCCAACCUUUGAAAUGCAAAGAUAAAUCUGACUGGUCUCUGGGCUGCCCUAGGGACCUUUUUGGUACCUCACAGUCCUGUUAAAGGAUCAGCUGGCAUGAUUGUGGUCAGGGCUAUGGUCAUGGGGCCAAACCAAACCAGUGAGAAAACUCUAAAAGGCAAAAGGACGGUGCCUCCAAGGUGGCACCUGAACCCUCUCAGGCCAUCUAACAGACUUUUGGUCUCUAGAAAUAGGCAAAUUCUGAGUGAUGGAGCCGCUCUCUGUCAGGACAGGCAUGAAGCAGCUCUGCUUACAACUCAGUUGAGAGAGUUCGGAUCACAGGUAGUUUUGAGAGGAUCUAAACACCGGCUGUGGCUUUGAAUGAACAAACCAUUUUGCAGGGAAGGGGAAGAAAAGAGUUUUAUCUUAGUGGAUAGGGAAGUUUGGUGGAUGUUUCAUGGGGAGACCUUGAGAGAAGGAGAUGGAUGAAUGGAUGCUCAGGAAUACCAAAGACAUUAAUGAGAUAGGAACCAGUCCAUUCAUGUGCUACUGAAUGUUGGUUUUAAGGCCCUAAGGAGAGCUGAACCAAGACAGAUUUUCUAGCUUAAAAAGAAAUCAUUUCCGCCCUCCAGAUAUACUGGCUAUCAGCUACAGGCCUUACAUGAUCCCGCAGCAAUAGUGUGAACACCUGCCCUGAGGCAACCAGCCAUGUCCGACUUUUAGCGUGGAUAAUCUAGUCAAUAUUUUACACUUGUUGGUUGGACACCAGCUUUGGUUUUUUUUUUUUUUUUUUUUAAUUUUUUUUUUUAACGUUUAUUUAUUUUUGAGACAGAGAGAGACAGAGCACGAAUGGGGGGAGGGUCAGAGAGAGAGGGAGACACAGAAUCUGAAACAGGCUCCAGGCUCUGAGCAGUCAGCACAGAGCCCGACACGGGGCUCGAACUCACAUACUGCGAGAUCGUGACCUGAGCCGAAGUCGGAUGCUUAACCGACUGAGCCACCCAGGCGCCCCAACACCAGGUUUGUUAAGACACUUGUACAAAGAAUGUCAAAUUUAUACUGCAGACAGCAAAAGGGAACAGUUCCUGAGACUCAAAACACUUGGGAAAGAUCCCUGGAGAAAGGGGACAAAUUGAGGACCCUUGAGGAGCUCACAGUCUAAUUAAGGCAAUUCAUAAAUAGAUGAGAAGUUAAAAGUAUAUCAUCAGGUUAAGUAACAGUUGAAAACAAUAAAUGGAAAAAGAAACUCAGAACAUGAUGUAGCAACAGAGAUGUGCAGGCAGCCAUCACAUUUUUUUUUUUUUUUCAGGAAUUCCAAAAAAGAAAGCUGUCACAUAAUGACAUGAGGCCAGAGUGUAAAGGGAAGUCUUUUAAAAAUAAAAACCUUAGUAAGACCUUUCCUCUGGGCCAACCAUUGCUCUAAGGAGAAACUUGCUUUAAACAAUCGCAGUAGGACUUAGGCUCUUAGACCUGAACUAUUCAGUACCUUUGAGACUCACUUAGACGACUGUACCUGUAGGGCCCACAGAGAGCACGGACAGGAUUCCAGUUCUCACCUCAACCAGUCCCGCUGUGGAGGCACCACGCUGGGUGCCUGCCCUGUGUUUGGAGGCUGGUGCAGAAGCUUCCGCAAAGGGCCUGCUUACCUCCCGGGACUCAUCUCAGGGUUUGGACAUCAACUCUUGAGAGGACCUUGAGACAUUCAAAAUAAAUAGGACACUUAUCCCCUUGUUGGUAGAAGUUUUGCUUUGUCUAAUAAUAGGGAUUCUUAUGCACUUUAAUAAUUUAGUUUUUUUCUGGAAUUAAACAGCAUUAAAAGAUCCAUGAUUCAAGUUUUAGGCAAGUAUGCCAUUCAACUUUUCUGAUUCUCUAGAAAACUAUUAUUCUGGAUGAAGUAUUGAAGUCCAUUGUAGGUCAUUUAAAAAAUUCAUGAUCUAUAUAGAUCUUUCACUUUAUAGAUUGUGUCUAAUAUUCCUGCUACCUAAAUUACUAUGUACAAGUUUUAAAAAUUGAAUGAAAGUAUUUUAAGACAAUAUACUUAAAACACUUCUGUAUUUAUCAUCUUAUAUGAAUAAUUUUAAUAAGACAUCAUUUGCUUCCAUUGUCUCUGUUUUCUUUUCCUGCCAAGUUUUAAUCUGUGCUAUUGAUUUAACUUAAUUAUUCACACCAUCUAGCCAUGUACAAUAGAAAAGGAAAUUAAUACUUGUUACCAUAUUUUCUGCUAGAUAGUGUACUAAAUCCUGAUUGGUACACUGUAUGUUUAUGACUCACAACUCUGAGAUCUAAGUAUUGUUUAAAAAGACACCAAAGGGAAGAUAAUAAAUUACUUUUCUAAGAUUACAUAGGUGGUAGUGGUAGAAUCAGGAUUUAACUCAGGACAUUGGAUGCCACUGUCAGUGAUAUUUGUUAUUCGCAGUGGUUAUCAAAGUGUCAAAACAUCAGCAUCACUGGGGACCUUGUUAGAAAAGUAAAUUCUUGGGCUUCAUCCCAGACCUGCUGAAUCAGAAACAGUACAGCACUAAGUAAUCUGUGUUGUAACAAUCCCUCCAGGUGACUGGUUGACAGUGAACUUUGAGAAUCGCUGCUCUAUGCCAAUAGUUGUCCUCUUUUUCUUAGGCUAGAAUCAUCUGGAGAGCUUUUAAAAUUCUGGUUCCCGGAUGCACCUAGACCAACUCAAUAGAAUCUCUGGGGGUGGGACUCAGGCAGCAGUAAAAUAAAGUUCAUCAGGUCAUUCCAGUAUGCAGCGUCAGUAAACAAUGCUCUGUGGCGUUUAAAUUCUUAAAUAACUUGAAUAGUCAAAUCACAUGCAGGCAUUGCUCCAGUCUAAAAUGAGAAUUUCACUUGGGCCUUUUUUUUUGUUUUAAUGUUUUUAUUUAUUUUUGAGACAGAGACAGAGCAUGAGCAGGUGAGGGGCAGAGAGAGAGGGAGACACAGAAUCUGAAGCAGGCUCCAGGCCCCGAGCUGUCAGCACAGAGCCCGACGCGGGGCUCAAACUCACGGACUGUGAGAUCAUGACCUGAGCUGAAGUCGGACGUUUAACCGACUGAGCCACCCAGGCGCCCCUCACUUGGGCCUUUUAGGGCCGAACUGUGAGCUUCUGCCCAAGUAUGGAUGUGGAAUGAGAAGUGGAGCAUUCUGUGGCUUCUGAUUUGCUAAGGAUUGGCCAGCAAAAUGUUAUUAGUGAUUCAGUGUGUGCAGCUAGUAAAUAAAUUAGAGCCCAAUCAUAGAACAUUAGAGCUAAAAGGGAACCAGAAAGAUUCUAGGAUUAAUCUAUCUUAGAGAUGAGAAAAUCCAAGCUCAGAGAGAGAAACUGAGAUCUGAGAUCUAAGUCAGAUCAAAGACUUAGUCUAUUGUAGAAGUGCCCUUUCCAUCUCAUAUUUGUGACUUGAAUGUAUCCACUACAUGAACAUAGACAAUGUCCUUUCUAUCUCCGUCCACUUGUAUCUUCUGUCUUUGGGCCUUGAACAGAGACGGGAAGAGCUGACAGCUGAAGGGUAUUGCAGGCCAUUGGGCAAAACUGGGAGAUCCCACAGAAUCAUCUGUGAAAGCUCUAAUAUCAAAUUCAAUCACACAAGCUCUUCUGAAACAAAUUCCAGUAGUUUUAAACUAGAGAAGUGUGUGUGUGUGUUUUGAUGUUGGACAUUGUUUUUAUUGUGUAAAUAGCAAUUUAAACGGAAUAUGUAAAGAAACGGAACAUAACCAUUAGGCUGUCAAGUAUGGAGGGGGAGUGGUAUUCAUGUAAUCUCACGUGGAGCCAAUAAAGAUUUUACUCUAGUCAAUUUUAGUCAGAAUUUA